GGGGAAAGGUCGGCAAUGCAGUGGUUCGUGGUUCUAUCACGAACAUUUAACUAUAUAGUUCUACACAUUGUCGAUAAAACCCUGCUGGCGAGCAGAUGAUUCGCGAGGCUGGGAAUCAUCUCAGAAUCAAUGUCAUCUUGAUAUAGACACUUGAAAUCAGUAAUUAAGUUGAUUAACAGUUCGAAAGUGAAUGUGUUGAAACAUAAAUCAAGUGCACUAUGCAAUUUUGCGUUUAGAAAGCAACAAAAACUCCACAGUAAGAUUUUGGAUUUUUUCGGGGUGUCAAGUGUAUAGAGAUUUCACGAUAAAUGUCUAAACUGCUCAUUGAACAUAUUUUUGACAUUGUUUUCAUAAAAUAAUCAAGGAGUAUCACAAGACAAUGGCGUGUCCGUCAGAAUAUUGAUCCGAAAAGAGAAUUUCCCUAAGAAUCAUGAAACUACUGGCCUGGUGACGAGGACGAGGAGGAUCCGGGUCACAGGGACGACAUGCGUUCGAUAGCAUACAGAGUCGUUUUUACUAGUGUGACGGACGCGUUAGUAACUCCGUUGAUGUCGUGGAAUUCGUGUCUUCUUCAUUAUAAUAUUGUGGCAGGGCUUAAAGUUUCAACAACUCUAAAUUUGGUUAAUUUAUUAUAUCAUCAAUGAUAAAGAUAUUCAUACACUCUGCCAGACGAAACCAGAUUUGGUUGAACUUCUGUCCGUUAUACUUACUACAUGUAGAUUGUACCACUACAUUGUUCCUCGGAUUGACGUGAUUUACUCUGGAUUUUCAAAGAAAUGAAGAUUUUUAAUUAUACGUGAUAGAAUCUACGUAAUUAUUAACAGGAUGUCAGCUGACCGCAAGCGUCAGCCGCACUGGCAAAGACUAUGGAUCAAAAAUAUCUUCACAUCAUUUACUUUUGCUCUCUUUGGGCUGUUUCCUAAAAGAUACGAUCAGGAAUUCCGCUAACAGUGACCUUGAUAAAUAAAUUCCAAAAGUAUUGUUAAACUACCUAAAAUUAUAAUUUUUUAUUUUUUUAUCGUGCAACCACUACUCAAUUACCGCAAAAAUGGAGUGUUUUUUAUGAUUGAAAUAACAAAUCAUAAGAUAAGUUAGAAGGAAAAUUUACUCUUAUCAGACAUUUAUGAGCAAGUUCCUCUAAUCUCAGGUUUAUGAAAGUUAUCAUUAUUUUCUUUGAACCUGCUAGUGAUUAAUGGUUAAUGAUCGAGCAAACUUGGAUAAUAGUCAAUAAAGUCAAUGCAACGAUUCGUUCGAAUUAUACAACAACCAAAUUACUAAGUAAUUUGAAUAAGAUCAAAGUAUGUUUCUCACUAUUGCAAUAUAAUGAAAUUACAUUGUGCAACAUGAAUUAAUAGAAAAAACAAUGCUUCCCUAAAACUGAUUAUAUGAAAAACAACACAGAAGAAUAAAGAAGGGGUUAGAUUCCCCAAUUGUCAUGCCCCCAGGGGCAAAAGGUGGGACAGAGGGCCUAGAUCCCUCUUGUUCAGAACUUCAUGAUAGCGAAGAAAUUGCUCCUGAAACUAUAGAACCUCCAUUAAGUCUUUUUCAAAAAUGUUACAGACAUCUAAAGAGCUCCGGCGUGGGAGAAGCCAGUGUUUACCAUGCACUGGUAGUGAUAUUUUUGGAGUUCUUUGCUUGGGGCUUAUUAACGAUGCCAAUAAUAUCUGUGUUAAACAAGACAUUUCCGGAUCAUACAUUUUUGAUGAACGGACUGAUAAUGGGAAUCAAAGGGCUGCUUUCAUUCUUAUCAGCACCAUUGAUAGGCGCUUUAUCAGAUGUAUGGGGAAGAAAAUUUUUCCUCCUCAUCACUGUGGCUUUCACGUGCGCGCCAAUCCCACUUAUGAGCAUCAACACCUGGUGGUUUUUUGCAAUGAUAUCAAUUAGUGGUGUAUUUGCAUGCACUUUUUCGGUAGUUUUUGCCUAUGUCGCAGAUGUCACAGAAGAAAAUCAACGAUCCUUAGCUUAUGGAUUGGUAUCUGCAACAUUUGCAGCAAGUAUGGUCAUAAGUCCAGCUUUAGGUGCUUGGACUAUGACAACUUAUGGCGAAAAUUUAGCAGUAGCUUUAGCAACUGCCAUUGCAGUUCUUGAUGUUUUUUUCAUUCUCGUAGCAGUACCAGAAAGUCUACCUGAAAAAGCACGUCCGCCUGUCCCUAUAUCUUGGGAACAAGCUGAUCCAUUCGCUGCAUUAGGCAAGGUUGGCAAAGACCACACGAUAUUGAUGCUAUGUGUCACAGUAUUUUUAAGUUAUCUACCUGAAGCUGGUCAAUAUAGUUGUAUAUUCGUAUAUCUCGAACUUGCAAUGGGUUUUUCAACUACAAUGGUUGCAGUAUUUAUCGCAGUAGUCGGCAUUCUCAGCGUUGGAGCUCAAUUACUUCUCGGGCCUUUAAUGAGGACACUAGGAAGUAAACAUUCAAUUAUGCUUGGCUUAUUAUUUGAAAUGCUUCAACUCAUGUGGUAUGGUUUUGGAUCUCAAACCUGGAUGAUGUGGGCAGCUGGAAUAUUGGCUUCAAUUUCGAGUAUUACUUAUCCAGCAAUAUCAGCAUUUGUAUCAAUGCAUUCAGAUGCAGAUAAGCAAGGAUUAGUGCAAGGAAUGGUAACAGGGAUGCGAGGACUUUGUAAUGGUCUCGGCCCUGCCAUGUUUGGAGUUAUAUUUUAUUUAUUUCACGUCGAUCUCAACGACGAAACACCGUCACUACCUCUUAAACCUCCUCUUUUAGAAAACAGUAAUCGGACGGGAACUGUGACACAUAUUGAUAUGGUUCCCCAGUUGGUGCCUGGACCACCGUUCGUUUUUGGUGCAUUAUUGGUGAUAUGUGCGCUGCUUGUUGCUGCGUUUAUUCCUGAGUCAAGUCCAAUGGCAACGGGUCCACUACAUCAUUCUUCCACUUCUCGCAGGCCAUCUGGUAAAUACGCAUAUCAAAAAUGUCUGUCUUUAGACGUUCAUUACGAACAAGAUAGAAUUGGUAGUAAUCGAGGUAAAGUUGGACCGUUGUCACCUCUAGUCGACAACUGUAAUUCUGCUGCACUUUAACCAUUUUUCCCGGAAUUCCGGCAAGCUGUUAUCAAACACAGAGAAGAAACUUAUUUUGCCUAUUAAUCGACGGCAUUACUUUCGCUAGACUUACUAAAGUCUACUCUGUGACAGGAUGAUAUAAUAUGGAAAUAUUUAUUGUCUUUCGCGUAUUUAUGAAUCAAAACCAAAAUACAUUGUCAGGUUGUCUAGUAUAAAUUACAGAACAGUGUUACAAUUAGUAUUGUGUAAAUUAUGAAUUAGCUCAUGUUUAUUUACAUGAGAUUUUGUGAUUAUAAACGCGAAGACUAUUUACAGAAAGAAUAAUUUUAAUGUUUUCUAUUGACUGAAAAUAGCUCGAUCGUCCUAGCAUUUUCCUGCACAGACGAUUGAUUUCUGCCGAGAGCACAAACGACGAGAACUUUAGUGUGAACGAUUUAAAGUAAUCGUAGACAGUAAUUCCACUACAAUACCAUAAAAACAAUCAGUUCUACAAACUCUGUAGAAUUGUGAGCUUUCGGUGUCGUGUCCUUUUUAUCUCGCGACUUGGCAUUGACGAAAGAGAGAGCAAAAAACAGUAUCCUUAUUUUUACAGUUAUUUUUUUUGUAAAUGAUAAAUUGAACUUAAUAAUGAAAAAUUUCUUUCAUUGUUCAUUGAGCUUUUUAUUUAUUUAUUUAUAAGAAUUAAGUUGAUUUAAGCACAUAAAAUUUUUAUUACAUGCUCUCCAUUCUUUUGCCGUCCUUUCUAUAGAUUAAACUUUCGUAUGAUUUUUUCAUCAGAUUGUGAGUUAUAAAGAUAAUAAUAAAGAAUCGAGUUUAAUAGUAUCCUAUGAUUAAUUGUGAAUCAUAACCGCGAGAAAAAAAGGAUUUUAUCGGCCUUUACGAAUAUUCAUUAACUUAAUGAAACUCUAAACAAUGUGUGUAAGAUAUUUAUCCUUAAACUGAUUCAGUCAUCUAAUUGUAUGACAAAAAUAUCAAUUUUUUAUUAUAAAAAAUGAAUUACCUUUUUUAUAAGCACAUUAUGGUCACAAUUUACAAAAUAAUCGAUUUUGUAAGAUAAUCGUGCUCAAUAAUUUUGAGACAAUCACAGUCUACACAUCAUAGUUUGUUUAUAAAAAAUUGAUCUAUUCGUUCAUUUUUUUAUAUAUUACAUUAACUACUACCUUUAUUUAUUCUCUCUUUUAUCGUCAGUCAGCAAGCGAGAAAGUUGUAAGUUCUUCAUCGAAGCCAAAGAUCCUUAACACAUUUGUCAGAUCCAUUGGACUAAAAAUCCCUGAAUAACAUACAUUGCCUUGGCAGAUGAUUUGUUUAUAAAAAAAUAAAACGUGUCAAUUUGAAUGUGGAUUAAUUAAUAGUUCACUCAAGGAGCUCUCCUGUUAACAUCCUCCAACUCCUGGUGAGUUCAAUGAUGUACGUUUUAAAUAAAAUUUAUAUUUACUGCACACAGAGAGAGAUCUUUGAGAUGAGUACUGAGAUGUGUACAAGCUAUUAGCGUAUAUUUUCUGUUACAUAAAAUUUCUCUAGAUCAUAUUUAAGCCAUUAAUUUAUGUUUGUACGUAAACAACACGCAGUUAUAAAAUUAUGUGCGGAAUGUAAAAAUCUAGAAAAAAUAUCAAAUCAGUAUGAAAAAAUGGAAAGAUUGACACUUGAUAUAAAAAUAAGUAAAUAUAAUGCCUAGUUUAAGAUUUAGAACUCGAUUGACUGUCGAGUAAUCUGUACAUGUACGUUAUAUGACUGCAUCAAUAAAAAUUAUUUUUAAGAUAAAGGAAA